AGCUGCCUAGUCAAGCAGUUGUUCUCUUCUAGCUCUCUGUCUGUGUGUGUGUUUUGGUCCAGGGGAUGGUCUCAUUUAAUAGACGCUGCAAAUUUUUAUCUUAAGGGAACAGCUGUAAUCAAGAGCUUCGUAUAUAAUAUGAUGGUUCAGUAACUUGUGGAACAGAAAAUAAUUGACGUAACGGCCAAACUGGGACGGACUGGCAGAUAACAUGAACAGCACCACAGGGAGCUGUGGAAGCCCCAGCUCUGGGGUCUCAGCAGAACCUCCCAGUGACCUCUUCAGAGACCUGUGGUCAAAGCUGAAAGACUGCCAUGAUAACAAAGUGCAAGGGUUGCAAGAUAAAAUCUCCAAACUGAAGAAGGAGAGAUGUUUAGAUGCCCAAAGACUGGAGGAGUUUUUUACAAAAAACCAGCAGCUAAGAGAACACCAGAAAUCAUUGCAAGACAAUGUUAAAGUUUUAGAGGACAGGUUAAGGGCAGGAUUAUGUGAUCGAUGUGCUGUAACAGAAGACCAUAUGAGAAAGAAACAGGUGGAAUUUGAAAACAUUCGACAACAGAACCUAAAGCUCAUCACUGAACUCAUGAACGAAAGAAAUAACAUUCAAGAUGAAAACAAGAAGCUUUGCCAGCAGCUGGAGCAUUUUAGUAAAUUGAUGGAGGAGAAGUCCUGUCGGGCUGGGGAGAUUUUAGAUCAGGAGGAUGGGGUUAUCCCUGAUUCUCCUGUUAAACCGGCCUCCCUGUCUAUGGUGAGCAGACUGAGAAGGAAAAAGGAGAACAAGCAUGUUCGUUACUCUGAGAAACCCACUGCCAACUCUGAGACAUCUCCAACCAGUGAUGAGCAAGGUAAUGUUGGUCUGUUUUCAUUAAUCCAGGCUGGAAAUGGGAAGGAUAUCCUGGUGCCAGAAACGUGUGACCUAGAAUUCUCUCCAAACGCAAAAAAUCUUGGAAGUGGGUGUUUUUCUGAUGAAAAGCCAGGCUUGAAUUUAGUCACCAUUGUUGCUGAAACUCUAGGACUUGGCAUUCAUGGGGACUCUGAGUCCCAGAGUGUGCUAAACAAUUUUGUCAAAGAUGCAGCACUGAUAUCUCGUGAUAAGCAAGAUGGUGAUUCCAGAAGACAUCAAACUACUGAAUCACUGCAGUUGAAGGAAAAAAGUUCUGGAUUUACAUGUGGAUCUCUGAACAGCACAAAAAAUAGACACUGGCUAUCGCAACAGAGGACCUCUCCGGUGUUUGGAGGCCCUGUCAGUGCUCUUAAAAGUCCACCCAAAUUGGACGAAAACAGAUCGCCUUCUCUAUUUGGGCAUCUGCAAAUCGCCCCCCUCUUCAGUCGGGUCAGGUCCCAGACUGAGGACGUUGCUCGUAUUUCACCCCUUAAAACUGGAACAGCCAAUAACCAGUGUCCAAGAAAGAACAGAAAUGAACUUAGUCAAUUUGUUAAGGACAAAGAAAGAGUAUCAAACCCAGCUCAGGAGCUUGUAGAGAGCGGUGAGGGAUGUCUGUCUUCAAAGCAGACUGGGAACUGCUGGGGGAAAAGGAAGAAAAGUGAAGCAGGCCAUGCCUCUGAUAGAAACUCCACAUUUUGGCUUAAUAGUGAAGAUAAUCCACCAGACAAGCCACUGGACUUGUCAGACAGACCAGUAGGUGGUCAUUCGCAGGAGAGGAGAGAAGGAAAGGGAGCUGUUGAAGAUAGUUUAAAGCAGUCCACACUGUUUGACAUGCUAAAAGCAUCAGUAAAGGCCUCCCCUCCACCCUUCCAAGAUGAGAAUCUAAAGAAAAAAGCUGAGAUGCCUAGUUUCCAAGUACAGGCAACCCCUCGUAGGAGCAAAGUGGAUAUGGGGCAACUCAUUGGCAAUAUCAGGACACCAGAUGUCCAAGAGCCAAUCAGAAAGAAAAGCAGAGCAUUGACCAGAGACUCUGAAUCUGCUUCUGUGCUUCAGCCUAACCCUUGUGCUCUUGCAAAGAGGAGUCCCCCACCGAAAGAUGGUAAAAAUUCCAACACAAAUGAUAUGACAUGGAGCCUGGAUCCAGGGGCAGAUCUUUCCCAAUACCAAAUAGAUGUUGCUGUAACAGAUCCAAAGGAUGGGACACCCUCAAAGCCUGAUGGAGAAACUGUAGACAUGGACUGCACAUUUGUGAAUGACAGCAUGCUGUUAAACAUGAGGAAACAGAAGGCUGAAAAUACCUUUCUUGGGGUAGGGCAGAAAGCAAACGACAGCUUAGCAGAAAUCUUUGACCAAACGGCCUAUGGAGAAUAUGAGUCCUGUCCACAAGAUGACAGCGAACAGUCUGAUCAGGAAGAUGGCUCUUUAGAUGAAGAAACAGAGGCAGAUGGCUCUAUGAAUAGGUGUAAAGAAGAAACAGACGAGACAAAACAAAAAGCUUUUGUGGAACCAUAUCCAAAAAAAGAUGAAAGAAAGAAUGCCUCCUUAAACUUUCCACACGUAGAAGUGGUGCGUAAUAAAGAAGAGAGAAGGAAAAUGCAUGGGCACACAUGUAAAGAGUGUGAAAUCUAUUAUGCAGAUCUCCCUGAAGAAGAGCGUCAGAAGAAACUGUCGGCCUGCUCAAGGCACAGAUUCAGAUACAUUCCUCCCAGCACGCCUGAAAACUUCUGGGAAGUUGGAUUUCCUUCCACGCAGACCUGUGUGGACAGAGGAUAUAUAAAAGAAGAGAUGAUACCAGCUCAGCGUACAAGAAGACGGCGUCCAUACAAUGCAGUAUUUUCUCCAAAAGACAAAGAGCAGAAAACUUAAGAGAUUACUUAAAUGAUUGGACAAGGGAACAUGCACAUAAUUAUUUGAUUUCUGUCAGAGUAAGAAAAUUUUGUCAAUGUAAAACACCUAUAUAAAUAAGUGACGGGCAUUAUGCCCGGGACGGACGGACGGACACGCGCAGAGCAGCACCACUGUGCAUUUUCACGGUGCAAUACCACUAGUCCAUACCCGGGCACACAUGAGCGGCAUGCACUACACGACGGACUUCUCUUACAAUAGUGUAGAAAAAUUGAAUGGUACAGUACAGUAGUCAGUACAUACUCAAAUAUGAUUUACAUAUAUGGCCAAACGUUGUGCAUCACCUAGUAGAAUAUUAGGAUGCAGACAUAAUUUAAAAAAAAAAC